UGGGAGGGUUGGGGGUUUCCGUAAGAAUAUGGGGCCCCAGGACAAAUCAGGCAAGUAAGUAAGUCACCUUCAGCUGAGGAGAAAAGGGCUAGAGAGACUUGGGACUUCAAAGGGCAGGACAGUAAUUCACAUGGAAAUGAAACAUCAAAUGUCUGGUAAAUAAACGUUUGCUGGGCCAUGGUCAGCGAUGGGACACAGAGAGGACGCGGAGCCAGCCGCCUUGCGGGAGCCAGCGGCCUGGCAGUGCCCCCUGCCUAUCACACACUCGUUCAUACAAAGCUGUGGUCAUCUGUGAGCCCCCCUUGCUGGAGCAGGCCCUCACCCACAUUCCCUCAGGCAGUGACGGGGCAGGUCGAAGUUCCUCCCUGAGGCUUGGUUUCUUAAAGAUACCAGCUUAAAAUAAUCAGUAGCCCAAAAGGCAUAUGCAGGGAGAGGGGCGGGUUGCAAACUCUGCUUCUACCUCACUAUCGAUAUCAGAAAAAGAAACUGUGUCAUGUAUGAAAUAAUUGAUCUGUUUUCCCAGAGCGUGGGCUCUUGCUAUUUUGGUUAGCUCGUGCCGCCGCUGGCAGGAAAACGAACUCUCUUCCCGUGGCUUUCCACAGCGGCAGCCGUGGCUCUGCUCCGGCCUCUGGAGCAGGGCUUCCCACGGCCCCAUGCCGGCUCUGAGGGAGACGCGGGUGGGGUCGGAGGGUCUUCCUUUCCGGCGGUUUCCUAGGUGAUCGGGGCAGAGCGGGGACUGGCCGGGGUUUGAAGACUUUAGAAUAAAGCUUUGUCUCGAAAGUGGUCCCAGCAGCAUGUGGUGAGCUGGAAAAUCAGACUCCAGACUUGGCUCCACAUAUCACAAAAUGGGUGGUCCCGACAAAGUCCCCACCGCUCCGAAGACCACAGGGGACUUCUGCUGGCCUCCUGCUCCGUCCCCAGGACGCAGCCAGUCUGCUCCAGUUGGCGCGGUGCUGGCAACAACCUCAGGGUGACCCACCAGCCCCCAUGUGUCUGGGGACUUUCCUGGUUCGGUUCUGAAAGCCCGGGUCCCGGUCGUGGGCGGAGCCGGGCGGGUGGCUGGACGACCGCUGAACCCCGGAGUUCCUUAUUUCUCAGCCGCCUUCAGGGAGGACAUCAGACACGAGGGGACGUGCCGCGCUGAUAAACGGCCCCGUCCUCAGCCAGAGACUGGCACGGGCCCAGAGGAUGCUCCUCACGCAGCCGGGGUGCGUGCCCGGCCCCGCUUCCACCCCGGCCAGAUGCUCUUCGUCCCCCACCCCCACUGGAGGAGCCCGAGGGACGCCGAGACGGCCCUGUCACGUGGACCAAUGUCCUGGGGGAGGAUUUACAGACAGACGGUGUGAGUCGAAUCACAGGCAGGAAAUUCCAUUUCCAGACCUCAUUGGAAUUCUUUACUGACUCAUUAUAUUCAAAGUACAUUUCCCUUUGCAAAUGGAGCAGAGAAGCCUCUCCAGCCCGAGGCCCAGCCCCCAGGACCCCCAAGGUCAGAGUUAACCUUGGGUUAACCUUGGGCAUGCGAGGGUCAGGUGGGCAGGCAGGACGGCCGACGCCUUUCGAUGGGAGAUCAAUGUCUCGCCGCCUUGGCACAAUCUCGGAUGUCCCUUAGAGGCUGGAUUUUCAUCUUGGAGGCCCUUUUCUCCAGGGUUCGAGUGGCUGCGGUGACGGGCGGGAAGCCGCGAACGCCAGGGAGACGCGCUGCACCUGUGUCCGCCCGCGGCGCUAAGACGACGUCAGGAUGACGGUCACGCCGGACGUGAGGCUAGAGUAUUUGGAGGGCGUGGCGUUCACCAUGCUCAAAUUCAAGCCGGACAAGUGGGGCAAAAUGAUGAGCGUGGAGGAGAACCUGGCCCUGUUCACGGACUUCCUGGAGAAGCCGGACACCUUGGUCCUGGUGCUGACGCUCACCCCGGCCGGCAUGAUCGUGCCCUGCCUGGGCUUCCCGGCCUCCCUCAAGUCCAAGGGGGUCUACUUCGUCAAGAAGAAGCCGAGGAACAUCAGCAAGGACAGCUAUAAGGACCAACUGCUGUACGGGGACCUCAGCCCCACGCCUGUGGACCAGCUGAUAGCCGUCGUGGAGGAGGUCCUCUACUCCCUGUUAAACCAGAGUGAGAACCUGGACGGGUGGCCCUGGGUGGUCUCGGAGGACAUCAUGAAGCAAGUCCACAAGCUGAAGAACGAAAUGUUCGUGAUGGGUGGCAAGAUCAAAGGGAAGACGCUGCUGCCCAUCCCCGAGCACCUGGGCAGUCUGGACGGCACGCUGGAGUCCAUGGAAAGGAUCCCCUCAUCCCUGGACAAUUCGCUGCUGCACGCCAUCGAGACCAUCAUCAUCGACUGGGCCCACCAGGUCAGGGACGUGCUGAGCAAGGACUCGGCCCAGGCCCUGCUCGACGGGCUGCAGCCUCUGCCGCGGGUUGAGUUCGAGUUCUGGGACGCCCGGCUCAUGAACCUCAAGUGCAUCCACGACCAGCUGAACAGGCCCAAAGUGAACAAAAUCGUCGAGAUCCUGGAAAAGGCCAAAAGCUGCUACUGGCCGGCCCUGCAAAACGUGUAUUUGAACGUCACGGAGGGGCUGAAGGAAGCCAACGACAUCGUUCUGUACCUCAUGCCCCUGCGGAUCUUGCUGGAGGAGAUGGAGCAGGCCGACUUCACGAUGCUCCCGACCUUCAUUGCCAAGGUGCUGUACACCAUCUGCUUCAUCUGGGCCACCUCGGAGCACUACAACACGCCCUCCAGGGUCAUCGUCACCCUGCAGGAGUUCUGCAACCAGAUCAUCGAGAUGACGCGGACCUACCUGAGCCCCGAGGAGGUGCUGAAAGGUUUGCAGGGCGAAAUCGAGGAGGUUCUGAACAACAUCUCGCUGUCCGUGAACAUCCUGAAGGAGCUGUACCGGGCCUACGACUUCUGCUGUGCGAACAUGAGGCUGUUCUUUAAGAAAGAAAAGGAGCCAGUGCCCUGGGAAUUCCCGUCCUCCCUGGCCUUCUCCAGGAUGAACGCCUUCUUCCGCCGCGUCCGGACCAUCGAGGACCUUUACAAAACUGCAAUCGAGUUUCUGAAGCUGGAAAAAAUCGAGCUCGGGGGCGCCCGCGGGAACAUCCUGGGGAGCCUGGUCAUGCACAUCUACGAAGAGGUCUUCGAGCUGGUGAAGGUUUUUGCCGACUGCAAAUACGACCCGUUGGACCCGGGAGAUCCAAGUUUCGAUGACGACUACGCUGAUUUUGAGACCAAAAUUCAAGAUCUGGAUAGGAGGCUGGCCACGAUCUUCUGCCAGGCAUUUGAUGACUGCAAUUCCAUCGAGUCCUGUGCAAAGCUCCUGUACAUGUGCGGGGGCCUCCUGGAGCGGCCUCUGAUUCUCGCCGAGGUUGUGCCCAGGUACUCCGUCAUGCUGGAGCUGUUCGACGCCGAGCUGGAUAACACCAAGAUCUUGUACGAUACCCAGAUCGCGGCCUCUGCAGAUGGCAAUAUCCCCCCAAUUCACAAAAACAUGCCCCCCGUGGCCGGGCAGCUGAAGUGGAGCCUAGAGCUGCAGGAGCGGCUGGAGACGCCCAUGAAGGACUUGAAGCGCAUAGACCACCCGGUCAUGUCCAGCACGGAGGCCAAGCUCAUCUACCAGAAAUACGAUGAGAUGAUGGCGCUGCUGAGAGGUUCCCGUGAGAAGACCUUCCAGGACUGGGUGGCCGGAGUGGACCAGGACUGCCACUUCAACCUGGGGCAGCCCCUGAUCCAGAGGGACCACGUCACCAAACUCAUCCGCGUCAACUUCAGCAAGGCGUUGGUGGCAGUCCUGAGAGAGGUCAAGUACUUGAACUUCCAGCAACAAAAGGGGAUCCCUGACAGCGCCGAGAGCCUGUUCUCUAAGCACGAGACCUUCCGCAAGUUCGUGGGCAACUUGGAGCUCGUCGUCGGCUGGUACAACGAGAUCACCACCACGGUGACGGACGUGGAGUUCCCGCUCAUAGAGUCGGAGCUGUCAGCCAUCGACGUCAAGCUACAGGCCGCAGAGACCACGCUGUUCUGGAACAGCGAAGGUGUCUUCGACUAUAUUAAGGAGAUGCGAGAAAUUCUGCAUAACUUGCAGAACAGGAUGCAGAAGACCAAGCAGAACAUAGAGAACAUUUCUCAGGCCAUGAAGGAUUGGUCGUCCAACCCGAUGUUUGAAAGGAAGGACAACAAGAAAGACGCCCUCUUGGACUUGGACGGGAGGCUGGUGACUCUCAACAAGCGCUACACCGUGGUCAAGGACGCCGGCGUGAAGAUCCAGGCCAUGGUCGCGGAAAACGCAGAGCUGUUCAGAGCGGAUACGACGAGCCACUCCUGGAAAGAUUACGUCAACUACAUCGACAACAUGGUGCUAGACGAAUUUGACUAUUUCAUUCAAAACUCUCUGAGUUACCUCAUGAACAACAUGGUUAUGGACGAGAGCGUGGCGCCGCUGUUCGAGAUCCGCAUGGAGCUGGACGAGGCCGGGCUGGUCUUCAACCCGUCCCUGGAGGUGGGCUCCGACCGCAGCUUCCUGGCGCUGGUCGACGGCCUGAUCAACGACAUCUACAAUGCGGCCAAGCUCAUCCCCCGGCUGGCCAAGGGCCGGCUGAACUACAAGUCGGACCUGGAGGACCUGACGGACCUCAUAGAGAUGCGGGAGGAGAUGUCCAGCCUGGUGGUCAGCGCCAUGAAGGAGGCAGAGGAGUACCAGGACUCGUUCGAGAGGUACUCCUACCUGUGGACGGACGACCUCCAGGAGUCCAUGAGGACCUUCCUGACCUACGGGCGCGCCCUCACGCCGGAGGACCUGGAGAUGCACGCGGAGGAGGCCAUCCCCAAGGCGCCGCCCACCCUGGCACAGUUCCAGCAGCAGAUCGACUCCUACGAGAGGCUGUACGAGGAGGUGUCCAGGUGUGAGAACACCAAGGUGUUCAGCGGCUGGUUGCAGUGUGACUGCCGCCCCUUCAAGCAGGCCCUGCUCAGCACCAUCAAGCGCUGGAGCUUCAUGUUCAAGCGCCACCUGAGCAGCCACGUCGUCAGCAGCCUGAACGACCUGGAAACCUUCAUGAACGUCGCCAGGACGGGCUUAAAGAAGCCCCUCAAGGAAGGCGAUUAUGACGGCCUCGUGGAGGUGAUGGGGCAUCUGAUGAAGGUCAAGGAGAGGCAGGUGGCCACCGACACCAUGUUUGAGCCCCUGAAGCAAACCAUCGAGCUGCUCAAGACCUACGGGGAGGAGAUGCCGGAGGAGACGCACACGAAGCUGCAGGAGCUGCCGGAGCAGUGGACAAACACCAAGAAGCUGGCCAUCCAGGUGAAACAGAACGUGGCGCCCCUCCAGGCCAACGAGGUCAACAUCCUGAGGCGGAAGUGCCAGCAGUUCGAGCUCAAGCAGCAUGAGUUCAGGGAGAAGUUCAGGCAGGAAGCCCCGUUCUCCUUCAACGACCCUGACCCCUACAGGUCCCUGAACAAGCAACAAAAGAGCAUCACAGCCAUGGAGAGCAGCAUGGAGGCGCUGUGCAAGUCCGGGAGUCUGUUCGAGGUCACGGUCCCGGACUACAAGCAGCUCAGAGGGAAGGAUCGAGCCCCUGAGAUUCCCAAUGAGGUCGAAAUCGAGAUCGAGGUCGAGGUCAAGGUCAAGGUCGAGGUUCAUUGUUUUGCCCAGAGACAUCCGAUUGCACCACGCAGCCGCGGCCACUUGCGAAGCCCCGAUGCUGGGUGGAGUGAGUGGUCCCUCCUGGCCACGGCCACCUGCGAAGCCCCGAUGCUCGGUGGAGUGAACACCAGCAUCGACGACUGGAAGACCACCAAGUGGAAAGAUAUCAACGUGGAGCAGAUGGACAUCGACUGCAAGAAGUUUGCCAAAGACGUGAGGUCUUUGGACAAGGAGAUGAAAGCCUGGGACGCCUUCGUGGGGCUGGACAACACGGUGAAGAACAUGAUCACGUCCCUGCGUGCCGUGAGCGAGCUGCAGAACCCCGCCAUCCGCAGCCGCCACUGGCAACAGCUCAUGCAGGCCACCCAGGUGAAAUUCGAGAUGUCAGAGGACACCACCCUGGCGGACUUGUUGCAGCUGAACCUCCACAAGUACGAGGACGAGGUCCGCAACAUCGUGGACAAGGCGGUGAAGGAGUCCGGGAUGGAGAAGGUGCUGAAGGCCCUGGACAGCACCUGGUCCACCAUGGAGUUCGAGCACGAGCCGCACCCGCGGACGGGCACCAUGCUGCUCAAGUCAGACGAGGUGCUGGUGGAGACGCUGGAGGACAACCAGGUGCAGCUGCAGAACCUGAUGACGUCCAAGUACCUGUCGCACUUCCUGAAGGAAGUGACGAGCUGGCAGCAGAAGCUGUCCACGGCGGACGCGGUCAUCUCCAUCUGGUUCGAGGUCCAGCGAACGUGGAGCCACCUGGAGAGCAUCUUCGUCGGCUCCGAGGACAUCCGCGCCCAGCUGCCGGAGGACAGCCAGCGCUUUGACCACAUCGACCUGGAGUUCAAGGCCUUGAUGGAAGAUGCCGUGAAGACGCCCAACGUGGUGGAAGCCACCAACAAGCCCGGUCUCUACAACAAGCUGGAGGACCUGAAGAAGAGCCUGGCCGUGUGUGAAAAGGCCUUGGCCGAGUACUUGGAGACGAAGAGACUGGCCUUCCCACGCUUCUACUUCGUCUCCUCGGCCGACCUCCUGGACAUUCUCUCCAACGGAAAUGACCCCGUGGAGGUGAGCCGCCACCUGUCCAAACUCUUCGACAGUCUCUGCAAACUCAAGUUCAGACUCGAUGCCAACGGGAAACCGCUCAAAUUCGGCCUGGGCAUGUACAGCAAGGAGGACGAGUACAUGGACUUUGACCGCGAGUGCGACCUCUCGGGGCAGGUGAGUGCGCGAGCCGGCCACACGCCCUUGACCGGACGCCUCGUACUGUUUGGUCAUCGGCCUCGUCGCCCUGAUGGGUCACCGAGGGCCCCUUUUCAGCAACCAUGUCAGCCACCGGGCAGGCCGACUCCCGCUGGCAGCAAACGUCCCCGCACCCCCAUCCCAUUGCCCAAGUACGGAUCAAGCAACCGGACCGAUUUUGACAUGAGCCCAAGCAAAAUUUGUGCCACGCUCCGGCAUGAGAUUCCCGAGGCCGUGGUGACCUACGAGGAGAAGCCGAGGGAGCAGUGGAUCUUCGACUACCCAGCCCAGGUGGCGCUCACGUGCACGCAGAUCUGGUGGACCACGGAGGUGGGCUUGGCGUUCGCACGGCUGGAGGAAGGCUACGAGAACGCGAUCAAAGACUACAACAAGAAGCAGAUCGGCCAGCUGAACGCCCUGAUCACCCUGCUCAUCGGGAACCUCAGCGCCGGCGACAGGAUGAAGGUUAUGACCAUCUGCACCAUCGACGUACACGCACGAGACGUGGUGGCCAAAAUGAUCAUGGCCAAGGUGGAGAGCUCGCAGGCCUUUACCUGGCAGUCCCAGCUCCGGCACCGCUGGGACGAAGAGAGGAAGCAUUGCUUUGCCAACAUCUGCGACGCCCAGAUCCAGUAUUCCUACGAGUACCUGGGCAACACGCCGCGGCUGGUCAUCACCCCGCUCACCGACAGGUGCUACAUAACCUUGACCCAGUCCCUCCACUUGAUCAUGGGCGGAGCCCCCGCUGGCCCCGCGGGGACCGGCAAGACAGAGACGACCAAGGACCUGGGCCGGGCCCUGGGCACCAUGGUGUACGUCUUCAACUGCUCUGAGCAGAUGGACUACAAGUCCUGCGGAAACAUCUACAAGGGCCUGGCCCAGACGGGAGCCUGGGGCUGCUUCGACGAGUUCAACCGGAUAUCCGUGGAAGUCUUGUCCGUGAUCGCCGUGCAGGUGAAGUGUGUCCAGGACGCCAUUCGGGCCAAGAAGAAGACGUUCAACUUCCUGGGGGAGAUGAUAAGCCUCAUUCCGACCGUCGGCAUCUUUAUCACCAUGAACCCCGGGUACGCGGGGCGCACGGAGCUGCCCGAGAACCUAAAGGCCCUGUUCAGGCCCUGCGCUAUGGUCGUGCCUGACUUUGAACUGAUCUGCGAGAUCAUGCUGGUGGCCGAGGGCUUCCUGGACGCCCGCCUUCUGGCCAGGAAGUUCAUCACACUCUACACCUUGUGCAAAGAGCUGCUCUCCAAGCAGGAUCAUUAUGACUGGGGCCUGCGGGCCAUCAAGUCUGUGCUGGUGGUGGCCGGCUCCCUGAAGAGAGGCGACCCCAGCCGGGCAGAGGACCAGGUGCUCAUGAGGGCCCUGAGGGACUUCAACAUCCCCAAGAUCGUGACCGACGACCUGCCCGUGUUCAUGGGGCUGAUUGGGGACCUCUUCCCGGCCUUGGAUGUGCCUCGGAAACGGGACCUGAACUUUGAAAAGAUCAUCAAGCAGAGCAUCCUGGAGCUCAGGCUGCAGGCGGAGGACAGCUUCGUGCUGAAGGUGGUGCAGCUGGAGGAACUGCUGCACGUGCGCCACUCGGUGUUCGUCAUCGGGAACGCGGGCAGCGGCAAGUCCCAGGUCCUCAAGUCUCUGAACAAGACCUACCAGAACCUGAAGAGGAAGCCAGUCGCGGUGGACCUGGACCCCAAGGCCGUCACCUGCGACGAGCUGUUCGGCAUCAUCAACCCGGCGACCAGGGAAUGGAAAGACGGCCUGUUCUCCACCAUCAUGCGGGACCUGGCCAACAUCACUCACGACGGCCCCAAGUGGAUCGUCCUGGACGGGGAUAUAGACCCCAUGUGGAUCGAGUCUCUCAACACCGUCAUGGAUGACAACAAGGUGCUCACGCUGGCCAGCAACGAGCGCAUCCCCCUGAACCGCACCAUGAGGCUGGUGUUCGAGAUCAGCCACCUGAGGACGGCCACCCCGGCCACCGUCUCCAGAGCCGGCAUCCUCUACAUCAACCCCGCGGACCUCGGAUGGAACCCGGUGGUGAGCAGCUGGCUGGAGCGGCGCAAGGUGCAGUCCGAGAAGGCGAACCUGAUGAUCCUGUUCGACAAGUACCUGCCCAUGUGCCUGGACAAGCUGCGCUUCGGCUUCAAGAAGAUCACGCCCGUGCCCGAGAUCACCAUCAUCCACAUGGUCCUGUACCUGCUCGAGUGCCUCCUCACGGAGAAGAACACGCCGGCCGACUCCCCCAAGGAGCUGUACGAGCUCUACUUCGUGUUCGCCUGCUUCUGGGCCUUCGGCGGGGCCAUGUUCCAGGACCAGCUCGUGGACUAUCGCGUCGAGUUCAGCAAAUGGUGGAUCAAUGAAUUCAAGACGAUUAAGUUCCCCUCGCAGGGGACCAUCUUUGACUACUACCUGGACCCUGACACCAAGAAAUUCCUGCCCUGGACGGACAAGGUGCCCUCCUUUGAGCUGGACCCCGACAUCCCACUGCAGGCCUCGCUGGUGCACACCACAGAAACCAUCCGCAUCCGCUACUUCAUGGACCUGCUCAUGGCGAAGUCGUGGCCCGUGAUGCUGGUGGGGAACGCGGGGACCGGCAAGUCGGUGCUGAUGGGGGACAAGCUGGAGAGCCUGAACACCGACGACUACCUGGUGCAGGCCGUACCCUUCAACUUCUACACGACCUCGGCCAUGCUGCAGGGGGUCCUCGAGAAGCCGCUGGAGAAGAAAUCGGGGAGGAACUACGGGCCGCCAGGCACCAAGAAGCUGAUCUACUUCAUCGACGACAUGAACAUGCCCGAGGUGGACAAGUACGGGACGGUGGCCCCCCACACCCUCAUCCGGCAGCACAUGGACCACAAGCACUGGUAUGACCGGCAGAAGCUGACGCUGAAGGAGGUCCACAACUGCCAGUAUGUGGCCUGCAUGAACCCCACCUCGGGGUCCUUCACCAUCGACCCCCGACUUCAGCGCCACUUCUGCGUGUUUGCCGUGAGUUUCCCGGGCCAGGAGGCCCUCACGACCAUCUACAGCACCAUCCUGUCUCAGCACCUGGCCUAUCGCUCCGCCCCCACGGUGGUUCAGAAGAUGAGCAACCAGCUGGUGGCCUCGGCCCUGGCCCUGCACCAGAAAGUCACAGCCACGUUUCUCCCCACGGCCAUUAAGUUUCAUUACAUCUUCAACCUCAGGGACCUGUCCAACAUUUUCCAGGGGCUCUUGUUCUCCACAGCCGAGAUCCUGAGAACCCCACUGGACCUCGUCCGCCUCUGGCUGCACGAAGCCGAGAGGGUGUAUGGCGACAAAAUGGUCGAUGAGAAGGACCAGGAAACGUUGCGCAGGGUCACCAUGGCGUCCACCAAGAAAUUCUUCGACGACCUUGGCGAUGAGCUCUUAUUCGCCAGACCGAACAUCUUUUGCCACUUCGCUCAAGGGGUCGGCGAGGCCAAAUACCUCCCGGUCACCGACGUGGCUCACCUGAACAAGCUCCUAGUGGACGUCCUGGACAGUUACAACGAGGUCAACGCGGUCAUGAACUUGGUGCUGUUUGAGGACGCCGUGGCACACAUCUGCAGGAUCAACCGAAUCCUGGAGGCCCCCCGUGGGAACGCCCUGCUGGUGGGCGUGGGCGGCAGCGGCAAGCAGAGCCUCUCGCGCCUGGCCGCCUACAUCAGUUCUCUGGAGGUGUUCCAGAUCACCCUCAAGAAGGGCUACGCGGUCCUCGACCUCAAGGCGGACCUGAGCGCUCAGUACAUCAAGUCGGCGGUGAAGAAUGUCCCUUCGGUGUUCCUGAUGACGGACUCCCAGGUGGCCGAGGAGCAGUUCCUGGUGCUGAUCAAUGACCUGCUGGCCUCGGGGGAGAUCCCGGGGCUGUUCGCGGACGACGAGGUGGAGAACAUCAUCUCGUCCAUGCGGCCACAGGUGAAGUCCAUCGGCAUGAACGACACGCGGGAAACCUGCUGGAAAUUCUUCAUCGAGAAAGUGCGCAGGCAGCUCAAGGUGAUCCUGUGCUUCUCCCCCGUGGGCUCCGUCCUGCGUGUGCGGGCGAGGAAGUUCCCAGCCGUGGUCAACUGCACGGCCAUCGACUGGUUCCACGAGUGGCCGGAAGACGCCCUGGUGUCCGUCAGCGCCCGCUUCCUGGAGGAGACCGAGGGGAUCCAGCCAGAAGUGAAGGCCUCCAUCAGCCACUUCAUGGCCUACGUGCACACAACGGUCAACGAGAUGUCCAAGGUGUACUUGGCCACCGAGAGGCGCUACAACUACACCACGCCCAAAACCUUCCUGGAGCAGAUCAAACUCUACCAGAACCUGCUGGCCAAGAAGAGAACGGAGCUGGUCGCCAAAAUCGAGAGGCUGGAGAACGGCCUGAUGAAGCUGCAGAGCACAGCUUCUCAGGUGGACGAUUUAAAAGCCAAGCUGGCGAUUCAGGAGGCUGAGCUGAAGCAGAAGAAUGAGAACGCAGACAAGCUGAUCCAGGUGGUGGGCGUGGAAACCGAGAAGGUCAGCAAGGAGAAGGCCAUUGCCGACGAGGAAGAGAUCAAGGUGGAGGUCAUCAACAAGAAUGUCACUGAGAAGCAAAAGGCUUGUGAGACGGACCUGGCCAAGGCGGAGCCGGCCCUGCUGGCGGCGCAGGAAGCUCUCGACACGCUGAACAAGAACAACCUGACAGAGCUGAAGUCCUUCGGGUCCCCCCCGGACGCCGUGGUCAACGUCACGGCCGCCGUCAUGAUCCUGACCGCACCCGGGGGCAAGAUCCCCAAGGACAAGAGCUGGAAAGCCGCAAAAAUCAUGAUGGGCAAGGUGGACACCUUCCUGGACUCCUUGAAGAGGUUCGACAAGGAGCACAUCCCCGAGGCCUGCCUGAAGGCGUUCAAGCCCUACCAAGGGAACCCGACCUUCGACCCCGAGUUCGUCCGCUCCAAGUCCGCGGCUGCCGCGGGCCUGUGCUCCUGGUGCAUCAACAUCGUCCGCUUCUACGAGGUGUACUGCGACGUGGCCCCCAAGAGGCAGGCCCUGGAGGAGGCCAAUGCCGAGCUGGCAGAGGCGCAGGAGAAGCUGUCCCGGAUCAAAAACAAGAUCGCCGUAAGCGCCAGCAGCACGCCUGUGGCUGCCGUGGCCCGCUCAGUGGCACGGGCGGGGGCGGAGGAGGCCGACGCCACCAACAGGGUGAUCUCGCUGGCCAACAGGCUGGUAGGGGGUUUAGCGUCGGAAAACGUCCGCUGGGCCGAGUCGGUGGAGAACUUCAGGAGCCAGGGUGUCACGCUGUGCGGGGACGUGCUGCUGAUCUCCGCCUUCGUCUCCUACGUGGGCUACUUCACCAAGAAGUACCGCAACGAGCUCAUGGAGAGGUUCUGGAUCCCGUACGUAAACAAGCUGAAGGUCCCCAUCCCCAUCACGGAGGGUCUGGACCCCUUGAGCCUGCUGACCGACGACGCAGACGUGGCCACUUGGAACAACCAGGGGCUCCCCAGCGACCGCAUGUCCACCGAGAAUGCCACCAUCCUGUGCAACACGGAGCGCUGGCCACUCAUCGUGGACGCCCAACUGCAAGGAAUCAAGUGGAUCAAAAACAAAUACGGGAGCGAACUGAAGGCCAUCCGCCUGGGACAGAAGAGCUACCUGGACAUCAUCGAGCAGGCCAUUUCAGAAGGGGACAUCUUGCUCAUCGAGAACAUUGGCGAGACGGUGGACCCUGUGCUGGACCCCCUGCUGGGCAGGAACACGAUCAAGAAGGGGAAGUACAUCAAGAUCGGCGACAAGGAGGUGGAGUACCACCCCAAAUUCCGUCUGAUCAUGCACACCAAGUACUUCAACCCCCACUACAAGCCCGAGAUGCAGGCCCAGUGCUCCCUGAUCAACUUCCUGGUCACCAGGGACGGCCUCGAGGACCAGCUCUUGGCCGCCGUGGUGGCUAAAGAGCGCCCAGAUCUAGAGCAGCUGAAGGCAAACCUCACCAAGUCUCAGAAUGAAUUCAAGAUCGUCCUCAAGGAGCUGGAGGACUCUCUGCUGGCCCGGCUGUCGGCCGCCUCGGGGAACUUCCUGGGAGACACUGCCCUGGUGGAGAACCUGGAGACCACCAAGCACACGGCCAGCGAGAUCGAGGAGAAGGUGCAAGAGGCGAAAGUCACAGAGGUCAAGAUCAACGAGGCACGAGAGAACUACCGGCCCGCGGCGGAGAGGGCCUCCCUGCUCUACUUCAUCCUCAACGACCUCAACAAGAUCAACCCCAUCUACCAGUUCUCCCUCAAGGCCUUCCACGUGGUCUUCGAGAAAGCCAUCCUGAAGACCAGCCCCGCGGACGAGGUCAAGCAGCGGGUCAUCAACCUGACGGACGAGAUCACCUACUCCGUCUACAUGUACACGGCCCGCGGCCUCUUCGAGCGGGACAAGCUCAUCUUCCUGGCGCAGGUGGCGUUCCAGGUCCUGUCCAUGAAGAAGGAGCUGAACCCCGCGGAGCUGGACUUCCUCCUGCGCUUCCCCUUCAAGGCCGGCGUCCUGUCGCCCGUGGACUUCCUGCAGCACCAGGGCUGGGGCGGCAUCAAGGCUCUCUCGGAGAUGGACGAGUUCAAAAACCUGGACAACGACAUCGAAGGGUCCGCUAAGCGGUGGAAAAAGCUCGUGGAGUCGGAAGCCCCAGAGAAGGAAAUCUUCCCCAAGGAGUGGAAGAACAAGACGGCCCUGCAGAAGCUGUGCAUGGUGCGCUGCAUGCGGCCGGACCGCAUGACCUACGCCGUCAAGAACUUCGUGGAGGAGAAGAUGGGCAGCAAGUUCGUGGAGGGCCGCAGCGUGGAGUUCUCCAAGUCCUACGAGGAGAGCAGCCCGUCCACACCCAUCUUCUUCAUCCUCUCCCCGGGGGUCGACCCCCUGAAGGAUGUGGAAGCCCUGGGGAAAAAACUGGGAUUCACCAUCGACAAUGGGAAACUCCAUAACGUGUCCCUGGGACAGGGACAAGAGGUGGUGGCCGAGAACGCGCUGGACGUGGCUGCAGAGAAUGGACACUGGGUCAUUCUGCAGAACAUCCACCUGGUGGCCCGCUGGCUGAGCACCCUGGACAAGAAGGUGGAGCGGUACAGCACGGGCAGCCACGAGGACUACCGCGUGUUCAUCAGCGCCGAGCCCGCCCCCAGCCCCGAGUCCCACAUCAUCCCCCAGGGCAUCCUGGAAAACGCCAUCAAAAUCACCAACGAGCCACCCACGGGCAUGUACGCCAACCUGCACAAGGCCCUGGACCUCUUCACCCAGGACACCCUGGAGAUGUGCACCAAGGAGAUCGAGUUCAAGUGCAUCCUGUUCGCCCUUUGCUACUUCCACGCCGUGGUGGCCGAGAGGCGCAAGUUUGGGGCCCAGGGCUGGAAUAGGUCGUACCCCUUCAACAACGGGGACCUCACCAUCUCCAUCAACGUGCUCUACAACUACCUGGAGGCCAACGCCAAGGUGCCUUGGGACGAUCUCCGCUACCUUUUUGGUGAAAUCAUGUACGGCGGCCACAUCACGGAUGACUGGGACCGCCGGCUCUGCAGGACGUACCUGGUGGAGUACAUCAGGGCGGAGAUGCUGGAGGGAGAGAUCCAGCUGGCCCCGGGGUUCCAGAUCCCCCCCAACCUAGAUUACAAGGGCUACCACGAGUACAUCGACGAGAACCUGCCCCCCGAGAGUCCCUACCUGUACGGCCUGCACCCCAAUGCAGAGAUUGGCUUUUUGACGGUCACCUCGGAGAAGCUGUUCCGCACGGUCUUGGAGAUGCAGCCCAAAGAGAGCGACUCGGGAGCGGGUGCCGGAGUGUCCCGUGAGGAGAAGGUGAAGGCCGUGCUGGAUGAGGUCCUCGAGAAGAUCCCAGAGACAUUCAACAUGGCCGAGAUCAUGGCCAAGGCGGCCGAAAAGACCCCCUACGUGGUGGUCGCCUUCCAAGAAUGUGAACGCAUGAACAUCCUAACCAACGAAAUGCGCCGUUCACUCAAGGAGUUGAACUUGGGGCUGAAGGGGGAACUGACCAUCACGACUGACAUGGAAGACCUCUCCACGGCUCUGUUCUAUGACACCGUGCCCGACACGUGGGUGGCCCGGGCCUACCCCUCCAUGAUGGGCCUGGCGGCCUGGUACGCCGACCUGCUGCUCCGCAUCAGGGAGCUGGAGGCCUGGACGACCGACUUCGCCCUCCCCACCACCGUGUGGCUGGCCGGCUUCUUCAACCCCCAGUCCUUCCUCACGGCCAUCAUGCAGUCCAUGGCCAGGAAGAACGAAUGGCCGCUAGACAAGAUGUGUCUGUCCGUGGAAGUGACCAAGAAGACCCGGGAGGACAUGACUGCGCCCCCGCGAGAGGGCUCCUACGUGUACGGGCUCUUCAUGGAAGGAGCUCGCUGGGACACCCAGACCGGGGUCAUCGCCGAAGCGCGGCUGAAGGAGCUGACGCCAGCCAUGCCCGUCAUCUUCGUCAAGGCCAUCCCUGUGGACCGCAUGGAGACCAAGAACAUGUAUGAGUGUCCUGUGUACAAAACGCGCAUCCGCGGCCCCACCUACGUCUGGACCUUCAACUUGAAGACCAAAGAGAAGGCGGCGAAGUGGGUCCUGGCGGCCGUGGCGCUGCUCCUGCAGGUCUAGAGGCCCCUGGCCCCGACCCCAGCCCUACGCAGCUGCAGACACAGUCAGGAGCCUGCCCGCGGGGAGUGCUGACCCUCACAGGAACUGGGGUCUGCCGCCACCCCCUGAAUAAUCAAGGCACAUCAUAACCGUGUGCGUCCAGACUAGCCGGAGGGUGGGGGGCAGCGUGCAAGCGGGGGCUCGGGCUGGAUUAAAGUGAUGAAGUUACUGAGUUUUGCCAUCUGAUUCACCUGAGUCGCCCUUCAGCUUGGCUCCUGAUGGCCACCAGGGGCCUGCCACAGGCUUGGGGACGAGGGCCCAAUUCCCAGCAGCGGAGGCAAGUGUCCCAGGAACAACCCCAAAUCCUUACCUCCCGCAGGCAGCAUGCAGGGUUAGGGAGCGGCGAUCCCACCCUUUGGCCAACAACCCACUGAGGGGACAGGGCACUCUGGACAGGAGCUGCCACCUCCACGCAGUCCCCUAAAGCAUCACCCCUUCUCUCGAGGACAGAGAACCGUGCUCGAUUCUGGAAGCGCUCCCCACAAAGUGCUCCAGAGGCACCGUCUCCAUGUAGCCAUAGUGCCUCCCCAUCAACUGCCCACUUCCUGAAAUUGCUGAGGACCAGGCACAUGACCAUGGAUUUGGGGACCAGCGUAGAUGUGUGCGUGCUGGGAGGCCACAGGCUUCCACAAAGGACUGCCCGGGCCAUGAGCCCGUUUCCUGGGGCGGCACUGCUGCCUGCCUCCAGCAGCCUAAUUCGCCACGUGGGGCUGGCAGGGGGGCCGGGCCCUGUGGCAGUGCAGGAAACCGAUUCCAAACCAGCGGUCUGCGACGCGGGGACAAGCGCUGCAAGCCUAGCACCCUGUCCCCUGGGCAAGUCCCUCGGCCUGUCUGCUUCAGGCCUCUGAACCUGUGCAGGGGAACAGGACUUAGGAAAACAAUCGUGCCCAACAGGACACGAUUCACAAGCGUGCACAGCCUACUGCACGACGUGGCCAGCGGGGAAGGUCCCUGCUCGUCCCUCCUCACUCCGUGGGCUCCUGCCCCGAGGGCAGAGGUGGCUGCUGUGGUGCUGAUGCCAAGGCCACCCGGGCCUGGUCUGACGGGUAACGGGGGGGUUUCUAUCUGCCACCAGAGUGAGACCAGCGAGCCCCAUGCCACAGUGACACAGGACAUCUUAGCAUCUGAGGCUGGCCCAGGCAUUGGGAUGCAGGCAAGAGGAGGAGCCGGGCUGGGAA